GUUUUUUAAUCAGGAAAAAUUUCUCAAAUCUUUCCCUUCGCGAAUCUCUUGUCCAGUCUUGAUAAUAUCAUAGGUAGAUGUAUAUAAUCUAGAAAAUAUAAAACUUAUCAUUGCUGUACAAUUGUACAUUAUGAUGACACGAUUAUGCAUUGAAAAUAGAGAUUACAUUGAAGUGUACGGAAAUUAACCAAUCAGGACAAAGAUAUCUUUGUCUCUUUUGUUAGCAACCCUGUUUCACCAUGUUUCACGGAAUAUGGCGUAAAAAUCAAUAACACGUCACGAUGUACAUCGUGUACAUCGCUCAUGCUCUCACGAUCGCUCUCAUAUUUUCGUUUGAUUUGCAAAAUUGACGCGAAUAUUAUUAAGUUUUUUAUACAUCUAAUACACUAUUUUAUUCAUGAAAUCGCGUGUGUAUUGUGAACAUUAUGCAUACACGACGUACUUAUCAAGAAUACAGGUAGAAGUAGCAUCUAUUAUCACGCAGUAAAGUAGAGGGAACGUUAGGAAAAGGCAUUCUGCGGAAUCUUUCUGAAAAUGAUGGACGGUUCCGGAUUAGGAUACUCGUAUCAUCUUCCAUCCGGUGGUUGGAAUCUCAAGAUUAGAAACGCACUGUCGCAGUUUAGUGAUAUUUUCAGUGAAUUUAACAAGUAUAUUGCGCCAGCUUAUCAUCAUGAUCGUUGCGAAAGAUCCGUACAGAUGCGUUUGUAUUCGAUGCAUAAGAGGGAAUUUGUUAUGGUAUUCGUUGCCUUCUUUGCAUGCUUUGGAUUAGCGGUAUUCAUCGGUCUUGCGGGGCCGCCUAUAACGUCAACUAGUGAACAAAAAGCGCAUCUGAACGGCAGUGAUAUGGCCACUGGUCCAUUUAUCAUGAAGACGCCUCUAUUAUCCACGUACAGCCAGCAAUUAUGGGUUAUUGCCAAGCUAUCGACAUCAAAUAACGACGACGAGAGAUAUGACAAAGGAUUCCAAGUUAGCGUUUCCAUAGACGGCAUCACUGUUGAUCGGAAGCUUGUGUCCGUAUUACCCCUGGAAGCAGGACAUAAUCGAACUAGGCACUUGAAGUGCGAAAGGCAGUCGUGUGAGGAACUGGUAGUCGCUCAUCUAGGAUUUCUCGAUUAUAGCUACUAUAUAAUUACUGUCCGCUUCCAUGGACUUGAAAGCUUCCACCAGCGAUACACGAUACGAGAACUCACUUUCUACUUUAAGAACUACAAUCCAGCGUUUACGCAGAUCGAGAUCUGGUUCCGAUUGAUCUUCUUACUGACCACAUUUGGAGUGAUGUGUUGGUUUGGCCAUUCGCUUAGAAAAUAUCCACUACAUGAUUGGUCAAUAGAGCAAAAGUGGAUUUCUAUACUUCUUCCAUUGCUAAUUCUGUACAAUAAUCCGCUGUUUCCUAUGACAUUCUUAGUGAAUUCCUGGGUGCCUGGUAUGUUGGACGCAAUCUUGCAAACAACUUUUCUAUGCGCCAUUCUCAUGUUCUGGCUUUGCGUUUAUCAUGGUCUCAGACAGAACGAGAGACGACUUAUCACAUUUUAUCUGCCAAAACUCUUAGUGGUGGGCAUGUUAUGGGGAGCAGCAUUGACUCUUGCAACAUGGCUUCGUUGCACCGAGCUAGAAGAUCCCACUUACAAUUACGUUCUCGAUACAUCAAAUUACUACGGCUUCAAGAUAUUUUUCUUUACAGUAGGUGGCCUUUAUAUCGCAUAUUUGCUGCUUCUAAUAUUGAGAGCAUACAGCGAGUUACGAUCUAUGCCAUACUUCGAUCUUCGAUUGCGGUUUUUGACUUUGCUAGCCGCGGUGGUUGCUGGUGUUUGUAGUUUGGUUACCGCUCGUAAGUUCGGAGCUGGUGUAUUAGAAGAUAGCUUUGCGUCUCGCCUCUCCACUUAUUAUCGCACAUCUGCGCAAUUCAUGGCCCUUUAUGGUCUUCUGAAUUUUUAUUUGUACACUAUGGCAUACGUUUAUGCGCCAGCACUUCAGCAAGUCUAUGGACAACACUCAUCAAUAACGAAAGAUAAUCCUACAUUCUCAAUGUUCAACGAUUCAGAAGAAGAGGUCAUAUAUGGGUCAGACGAGGACAGUCGGCGACCAUUGACUCGCGCUCCGCGAAAUGCAGAAGACAGCGAUUAAAAAGGCCUUAUAUUUUUUUAUAUCUUAACCGAAAGAUAGAUUCAUUUUGUCGAAGAGAUCAAUAAUGAGAAAAAGUUUCUAAUUUCUUGAACAAUAUUUCUAGUCUGUAUUGGUCGGUUAUACUGCCGUCAAUAAGAGUUGCAAGAAAGAAUAGGUUAAAGUCACGUAGAUAGUUUCUUAAAGAAUCAAAUACUGAUUUUAAACGAGCGCUUUACGUCGUAUUUAUCUUAUACAGGAUUCAAGAAAGACAUGCUGUACAUAAUAUAUAAAUACAUAUUAAUAAUAUAAUUUUAUGUAUUGUAUCGUAUUUAAAAGUAAAACUAACGGAAAGAAAAAUAUGAAUUGAAGUAGAAAAAAAAUAGAAGAAACAAAUUUUUUUAAUUUUUUAAAUUAUAGCUAACUUUGAGAUGUGCGUGUGCGUAGAUGUAUAUAAAUUGGUUUAGAGAGAAUAAGUUUUUAUUAAUUUAUUUUAAUUAAUUAAUUUUUAUAUAUAAAGAAAUUAAAUCAUAAAA